AGUCGUUUUUCCCGCGCGUCCUUGGCUGCCUGCCUGACUCCACUUCCGCCCCAAUCUCGCGACUCCUCCAGGCUCCAGCCUCCAGCCGUUAUGGUGGCGGCGGCGGCGGCGUCCGUGGCGAGCCAAGCACAGGCGGUGCUCCGGGGCCGUCUCUGCGAUCCGGGAUUCGUCCACUCCGCCCUCAGGUCCUCCCCGGACACCAACUAUAGCAAGCUCAAGUACCUCGUCGCCAGCUCCGUCUCCGAGGCCUGCAACAACUCCGUCCUCCUCCUCGGUCCCCGCGGGUGCGGGAAAGCAGCGGUUGUUGACAUGGUUCUUGAGGAUCUGAAGAAGGAGCACCCUGAUGCCAUUUCUGUGAUCAGGCUAAAUGGGAUGCUACAUAGUGAUGACAACUGUGCUACGAAGGAAAUUGCCAGGCAGCUCUGUUUGGAGCAUCAGCUAUCAUUUUCAAAAAUGGCUUCUUCAGAUGACAACACUGAAUUCAUCAUUGACAUGUUGAGGGAGUGUGGACUAGCUCACAAGACAAUACUGUUUAUUCUCGAAGAGUUUGACCUCUUUGCUCAGGGUAAACAGCGGUUGCUCUACAGCUUACUUGAUGCAAUGCAGUCCCUCACAUCACAAGCUGUUGUCAUUGGUGUGAGUUGCCGCUUGGAUGCUGAUCAACUCCUAGAGAAAAGGGUUAGAUCCCGAUUCUCUCAUAGGAAACUUUUAUUUGUUCCUUCUUCACUGGAAGAUACACAAAGGUUAGUGGAACAUUUGCUAAUACUGGCCAAAGAUUCAGGUUUACCAGCAAAGUAUAUCACGGAUUAUAACUCAAGACUUACUAACAUUUUCAGUGAUAAGAAAUUCAAAGGAAUUCUCAACUCCCUCAUGGAUGCUGACGCAACAACGAGCAAUAUUCUAAGAUUUCUUUUCAGAGCUGUGUCAUACAUGGACAUGGAAUCUGGAUUUCUGUCAAUGGAAAGCUUCCUGAAGGCGCUUUCCUCCUUGCAGAGGCAACCCAAGAUGGACAGCCUACAAGAUCUCUCGAUUUUGGAACUGUACAUUCUAGUGUGCAUGCACAGAUUAGAAGAUAAGGAGCAAAGCUCAUACAACUUCACCAGCAUAAUGAAAGAAUACAGAUCCAUACAGGACGCCUACAAGACUUCUGAUAAGUACGCGAGCACUGUUUGUUUUCGGGCAUUUGAGCAUCUUUUGGAUCGUGAGCUGAUUAGUUUUGGUGACAACAGAGGGAGGAAUCAGGCGCUUGAAUACCGGCCUGUCAAGCUCCUGAUAUCCUCCCGCGAGCUGGCUCAAUCCCUCAAGCUGAACACUACCUGCCCGGCUCUACUCCAGAAGUUGUUUGAUCGUGAAAGAUACAUGUAGAAGUGUAGAACCCCUUUACAUCAGGCUGUACUUCACUGAGUAACAGUCGGUGGCACGUUUUUCUAUUUCGGUAGGGCUAAUUUCACUGUCAGGGGUAUACAUAUGGAGUUGUCAGGUUGAUCCGUUAUCCCCGUUGUAUUGUAAACAGAGAUUCUACAGUACUACUUUCUAAAUGAAAAAUGCGCAUGCAUUGAGCA